UUUUUGUUGUUUUCUACUGUUUUUUAUACGCAUACACUAAUGAAUACUCCUGAGAAUCAAAACUUUUCCAAAUACCGACCAAUCGAUCCUAGAAACGAUAAUAGAGUUAAAACAGACGAUGUGAAACCUAUAGAAGGAGAGGAUUUUGAGAAGUAUGGGCUGAAAGAAGAGAUUAUGAGUGUGCUGUGUGAGAAGGGAUGGGAAAAGCCAUCUCCUGUUCAGUCACAGACAAUUCCUUCCAUUCUUUCUGGAAAAGACAUUCUUGCCCGCUCAAAGAACGGAACAGGAAAGACCGGUGCGUAUGUGAUUCCCUGUAUGAAUCAAAUCGACCCCAAAGAGCGAGUUAUCCAAGUUCUUAUUCUGGUUCCUGCGCGUGAACUUGCUCUCCAGACCAGCCGCGUGGUCCGUGAGUUUGGCAAGGCAUUGAAAGUGGACUCUAUGUGUUGCUUUGGCGGCCAGCGACUGGCAGACGACCUCUAUCGUCUCCGCCGUGGCGUUCACGUUCUGGUCGGCACAGCCGCGCGUAUUUUAGACAUCACGCGUCGCGGCCACUGCGAUCUGAGCCACUGCAAAUAUUUGGUUUUGGACGAAGCGGACAAGAUGCUUUCUGACAACUUCCGCCAAGUGGUGGAGGACCUCAUCGCCUUCCUCCCUGCUGAGCACCAGACGCUGCUUCUCUCCGCGACGUUCCCCAGCACGGUGCGAAGCUUCGCCGCGGAAUACAUGCACGAGCCGGUGAUGAUCAACACGAUGAACGAGCUGACGCUGAAGGGCAUCACGCAGUACUAUGUGUAUUUGGAGGAGCGUCAGAAGGUGAACGCGCUGCACACGCUGUUCUCGAAGCUGGAAGUGAACCAGUCGAUCAUUUUCUGCAACAGCGUGGCGCGCGUGGAGCUGCUGGCGAAGAAGAUCAUCGAUCUGGGAUACAGUUGCUAUUACAUCCACUCGCGGAUGGAGCAGGACGACCGAAACAAGGUCUUCCACAACUUCUCGCAGGGCGCGGCGCGCCAUUUGGUGUGCACGGACCUGCUGGCGCGAGGACUCAACGUGACGACGGUGAACGUGGUGAUCAAUUUCGAUCUCCCGCAGAGCUCGGAGACGUAUCUGCACCGCAUUGGACGAUCGGGAAGGUACGGACAUCUGGGACUCGCUGUGAACUUUAUCACGGACAAGGACAAAGAGGUGUUCUUCACCAUCGAGCAGGAGCUGGACAUUGAGGUGCAGCCGUUCCCGAAGGAGGUGGAUCGCAAUCUCUACUGUAUCUAA